UGUUCGAUGUUUGAACCUUAACACCCAAAUGCGUUUUUGAAUAAAAUAAAUGAAGUUCCGGUAUGGUUUGUGAGGAUGCCCAAUUAUGUGUUAUACAGGUUCCCGUGCAGCUGUCGGGGUUUUGGUGGUCAGCGGGCUCAGACCGAAAUAAAACACACACUAUGUAUUGGUCUCUCCCCACCAACCUGCUCCAUUAAAUGCACUGCAAACGCCGAAAAUACUGGAAAUUUAAGUUUUUACCGAGCGACUGGAGAGUUGGCGGGGUUUGCGUGUUUUUGUAGGCACGGAGCAGGGGGUGCGGCCUAGCAGACACAACGGACCUGAGGAGCAUUCGCGGCCUUACAGACGAUUAUGUGCUUAUUUUAAUUCUGGGAAUAAACAUGCAUGGUACCCGGUACUAAAGAAGGGCUGAAUCAGAUUAUGAUAACUGAAGGUUGAUCUUCUUCACCGAGUCAAACUUCACUAUCCCACACAAACGCAUCUUGGGCGGAUACUCGCAUCCCUGUGAGCCAAAGAGCAUUACCGAAAGAACAAUUAGAUUUUUCUUCAGCUGUCGUCUUUACAAGAGCUGUCAAAAUAAGUUCCUCUCUGCCUCCCCACGUCUCCCAUCGUGGGCAGUCCAAUAAUCCCUUCCCCCUGGAUUCACACGGUAAGAGGUCCAACUACGGCACAAAGCUGAAUCCGUACACCAGAGCCCGUAUGACGGAGGCGUGGCAGCAGCACUCUGUUGCCCCGCCUCCAGUGGUGCACACCAUACCUCCAGGUGCGGACGCUCUGGGAUGCACCGUCUAUGGCAUUGUCCUCGACACUGCGCUUCAACAGCAGCAGUCCCAGCAGCAGCAGCAACAACAACAACAGCAGCAGCAGCAGCAUCAUGGUCAGCAGCAGCACAACCAACAGCCGCAUCCGGCACAAGCGCAGCAACCCUCCCUUCAUGUAGGCAGCGAGGGCGGGCACAAGUGUGGUGCGUGCGGCCAUGAUAUCUCUCAUCUGGCUAAUCCGCACGAGCACCAGUGCAUGGUUAGCCAAGAUCGGUCUUUCCAGUGCACGCAGUGCCUUAAGAUCUUCCACCAAGCCACUGAUUUGUUGGAACACCAGUGCGUGCAGGUGGAGCAGAAACCAUUUGUGUGUGGAGUGUGCAAGAUGGGAUUCUCCCUGCUGACCUCUCUAGCACAGCACCACAAUGCCCAUAACAGCACUAACCCUAUGAAGUGCUCCAUAUGUGAAAAAACCUAUCGACCGGGUUCCUCUGGAAAUGCCACGCCCACUUCGUCCACUAGCAAUGCAGGGCAGCCGGCGAACGAUGAAGCGUCAUCCAGUGGCAGCGCUGCCGUUGGGACGUCCGGCCAGCCUACGUUUGAGCCUUCACAGCCUGAGAAGCCCUACAAGUGUUCUGUGUGUUCCAAAGGCUUUCGCCAUUUGUCCGAGCUGACCCGUCACGAGCGCGUCCACACGGGCGAGAAGCCAUUUAAAUGUGAAACGUGCGACAAAAGCUUUAGCCAGUCUUCUCACCUAGCCCACCAUCAGCGCACGCACAGCUCCGAACGACCGUUCAAGUGCGCGGUGUGCGAGAAGAGCUUCAAGCAUCGCUCUCACCUCGUGCGGCACAUGUACGCCCACUCGGGCGAGCACCUGUUCAAGUGCAACCUCUGCGAAUUGCAUUUCAAAGAGUCUUCCGAGCUUCUGCACCACCAGUGUCAGCCGCAGGGCGCCCGACCGUUUCGCUGCGCCACAUGCGGGAAGGGCUUCAAGCGUCCAUCCGACCUGAGGCAACACGAGCGUACGCACUCUGAAGAACGCCCGUUUCAUUGCGAAGACUGCCAGAUGAGCUUUAAACAGCAGUACGCCCUGGUGCGGCAUCGGCGCACGCACAAGGCCUCCGCCGACCGCCCCUUCAAAUGCAACCUGUGCGACAAGGGCUUCCUGCAGCCGUCCCACCUGUUGUACCACCAGCACGUUCACGGCAUGGAUAACCUCUUCAAGUGCGCCUCCUGCGGCAAGGGCUUCAGUCAGUCCGGAGAGCUUCUGCGUCACAAAUGUGGCGAGGCCUCAUCGACACCCACGAAUCCAGACAAGCCCUACAAGUGUGACGUGUGUGGAAAGGCUUACAAAAAGGCGACCACGCUGCAGAGGCAUCAAAAUUCCCACUGCACCGAGAAGCCUCUCAAAUGCUCGCUGUGUGACCGUCGCUUCCUGUCCUCCUCGGAGUUCGUGCAGCACCGAUGCGACCCGUCGAGGGAAAAACCUUUGAAGUGUCCCGACUGCGAAAAACGCUUCAAGUACUCCUCGGAGAUGCAGAGGCAUAGACGCGUCCACACCGGGGAGAAGCCUUAUAAGUGUGCCAGCUGUGACAAGGGCUUCAAGCAACGUGAGCACCUGGCCAAGCAUCAAAGCGUGCAUGCCAGAGAUGCCCAGUUUAAGUGUGUGUGGUGUGGAGAACGUUUCGCUGAUCUGGGAGCUCUUCAGGAGCAUACGGUUCAGCACACGGCCGAAAGUGGAGGCUACCCUGUGUCCUCUCUCAUUCAAUAAUCUAAAGGUUAUAGAAAGCAUCAAAACGUAUUCCCCGUUCCAAAUUCUUCAUGUAAAUUAUACCCUGUUUUCUUUGAUACAUACAUUAUUCAUAUAUUCAAGUAGUAUGCCCUUUUUUCCCCGUAAUUACUGAAUUAUUCAAUUUGAUUUGCUGUGGUUUUUCGAGAGACGGCAUGUUGCGAAAAAUCAACAUAGUUAAUAGGUAAACUGUUGAAGACCAAUUGUGCGUUUACAUUUGGAUCUUGUACGGGCAACAAAUUUUAUUCCCGAAAGCAGUGAUUGUCCACUCCUAUAGGGCAUUUGCUAACUUGUAAGUGGAUGUGAUGCGCGAAUAAUCGGCAUCCGAAACUAUUCGACCGAAAAAAAAUUCUUGGACACCUAAAGUGCACACUCCCGAAAUGUUUGCUGCAUUUAUAAAGCGCGCGUCCCUCUUACACUACGCUAGUUGCUAUAUAUUUGCGUCAUCAAAAAGUUACAAACGUAAACUGUAAAAAUAUUUUGGUCUAUUCUUUUAUUCGAAAUGUAUGAAAAUGUUUUCAGACGAAUAUUUUCCGUUGCCGAACAUUCGUUGCAUCUAAGUACAAAACCACCCCAUUUAUUCUCUUGAAUUGACAAAUUAAAUAAUUCAGCUAUACUUUCACUUGUUCAGGUUGCCUCUCAUUUUAAUUAUUUUUAUACGUGCAUAACAACUAGAAAUGAGAAACUAUACUCUAAUUGUUGCUAUGCUCCAGUACGAGUGUAUUACACUCGCAACAUUGCAAAAAGUUUAAAACCAGUUGUACAUAUAAUCGAGAAACAUUCUUCAGUCUCCUACAUUUAGUUUGCCCACAUCUAACCGAAAAUGUGAAUAUAAAAGGGGACAAAUUGUGCUGUUAUGAACUCUUUGAGCUGUAUGUAUAUGAGCGUUCCCUUUGUGGUGGUAACUAAUGGUAUGUACCAAAAACCAUCAACGUACUGUACCGCACCUCUUAACGGGACAGAUCGUUAACCAGCAGAAGUUUAAGGACCGCCAAAGGUCCAAACAGUUAUACAUAAUUAUAUAGAAUCUAUAUAGAAAUGUAAACUUCACUCAUGUAUACGAACAAUUCACGUCACUACAGUACACUGUCCUGAAUUGCCUACAACCCUCAAAAGGCUGUAUUACUGUAUGUACAUAGUUAGUAUGUAUGCAACUUGUUUACUAGUCCUGUCAUUAGAUAUUACGUUGUCAUUCUUAAACUGCAAACUAUUUUAUAAGUAGCUUAACAUUAUGUGCAUUCUGAUUCACACGUUCUUACGUUUUGUUUCCCAUUUGCCUUUUUUUAAUUAAUCUCAGCCUCUUUGUAGAUGUAGUUUGGAUUGUAGUUGGUGUGUUGAAGGUUGUGUGAAAGUUUUAUACAAACGUUUUAGCCCCUUUUGUUUUUUUAUUUUGCCGUAGGGACUGUGUCGCUUUUCUCUAGUACCAUCAUCUCUCACCUAAAGAAAAGUAUAAGUUUCUUCCAUUUUGUACAGAUUUAUUCUUUUUUAUCUCUUAACCUGCCAACAUCGUGUCUUGCCAGCAGUCUUUUGCCCUCCAUACAUUAUCAUAAGGGCUUUUUUAUUAUUCUUUUAUAUAAAAUGCAAGAUCAAAGAAAUUUGGAUUUUGGUUACCCAGGAUCCAAGUAUUAGUUUUGGCCUGUACGACUUUGUUGGAUACUCAUCAGAUAACAAAAUAAGCUGUUUUUGGUAAACCUUUUAUUUACAUUUACUACAGUUAUAGCACAUACUGUAUUUGUGAUUUAGAUGGUAAAUGGUACUUUUUGAUACGGAGUACUGUUUAGCCCCUGAUAGUGAUAUAAAUUCAUUUAAAUCGAAUUUUCUUUACCCCCUUUACCCAAAACACAAUGUCCCAUCAUCUUGUGCAGUAUUAUGUAUGUUAACCGAAGGUGCCGGUCUUUAAACAUCUCCUUCCAAGUUUUCUUUGUCAAAUCCUGCACAGUGGGGUAAGAGGGGUGAAAAUAACACUUUAGCCUUAAGCUGGGGCAUCUAGGUGCUUUACAGACCCUUUCGCCUCCGAAUUUCUCCCACAUCCUCUUUAUAAUAUCUAUCUAUCCAUUGUUUUUAAAUACCAAGGGGCAUUAAGUAUCAAAGAGCAGUUGGGAUUUGAAUACAAAGCAUGUUGUUGUUUUUGUUGUUGUUCUCAUGUUUGUAUAUUAAUUUUUUUAUUAAUAUCGUUUAAAAUCUCUAUAUAAAUAUCUAUUCUCGGCAGAAGUGUCACAACCACAGGGGAAGGUUAAAGGAGAUCGAGUUAGAUCUUUCAUUUGUAUGGAUGUGAUUGGCCUUCCUCUAUGGUUUUGAGACCUCUCCACCGUGCAUGCCUGCUGUGUUAGUUCCUGUAUCCCGUUCCAAGUAUUUGCGCGUUUGCGCGCUCAUACUUCUUAGCUUUUUUCGAAUUGUAGACUGUGGAUGAGCUAGUAAGAAAACUUCAUGUGGCGGUUGAUGUGACAUUCAUGAUAAAAUAUCUGUAUGUAGCAUUUAAUAUACACAGCACUAACUAAUAAACCUUUUCAUUAAUAA